AUGCGAGUUUUUUAUAUAUCGAUAUUGGCGUGUGGAUUUACCAUAAGCAAUUGUAUGGGAUAUCUGCAUGCGUCUUCUUAUUCUGAAGAGAAGCAUAUUGUUCACGAUUUUGACCAAGAAGAAAUCCAUUCUUGGUACUUUUACGACGAGGAUCACUUAACACAAUCAAAAUUAUGGGAAGACAUAAACAAGGGACCGGAAGGAUUCAACCAGACGGUGAUUCAUUUCAACAAGACUAAUCAAACGUUGAUGCUCACAUCUAUGCACCCACCAACAUUUUAUCAAGUUGACCUUGAAUUGAUUGGAGUUUUUGCUGAUGAUGAUACUAAGGAAUUGGACAUACUUUUACCAGCGAAUGAAACUGCAACUAUGCUUAUGAUGGAUGCAGAAGAGAAUAUACUAAAACUUCCGUCACCAAUUGGUGAGAACGUUAUACUUACAAGUUUGCUUAUGAGCUACGGAGUUGAGGAAUUUUCGCUUGCUGAUUUUACAAAUGGCACUAUACCAAUCGAAGUUGGCUCUGAUGACGAUGAGUUUGAAAUGCAAGCUAAAAAGUUGUUGAAGUUGCUCCUACUUCCACUUAAAUUAUUAAAGAAGUUGUUACUACUUAUAAAGUUUCUUAUUUGCCUACCAUUUCUCAUCAUCAAAAAGAUCAUCUUACUUCCAUUCUUAUUGAUUAAAAAGUUAUUUAUGUUGCUUAAAAAGAAGGUGUUAAUUUCUAUAAAGGUGAAAAUCACAGCUGUAGUUGUUAAAGCUAAAGGCACAGCACUGGAUGUGGUAGAAAAGACAAUCGAUGUGACUGUGGUUGUUGUUGUACUGAUUAAAAAAGUGGUUAUAAAAACAGCAACCAAGAUUGACUACGAUGUCAAAAAAGUGGCCACGAAGGUUAAAAUGACAAAAGAUAUGAUUAUUGAUAAGGCAAUCAUGGAGAAGAUUAAGAUGAAUGGCAAGGUUGAUGAAAAGGUGGGACAUGCGUUGACGCAAGCAGAAAGAACAAGGGAGAAACUCUUUGGUGGUGGUGGAGACUGA